AUGAGGGCCUUGCGUCUCUCCACGAUGGCUGGAGUGGAGAGCAAUAAGGCGGCGCUGCGUGCCUAUCUCAUGUCGCUCCGUGGCGCAGAGUCUGUGGGUGACCCGAAGAACCCGCUUUCUGUGCAGCUUCGGAUACACGACGGUCGCCGCGACACAUUGCUGCGGCACACCAAGGAGCUGUACGUGGCGUCCCUAGAGCACCACCCGGGUACCUUUGUAAAUGUAAUUCCCAUUUUCCCGUCAGGUGACGAGCAAACCUUUUCCAAAUGUAGUGAAAAUGACAGGAGCGCGCCACUAACACUGUUUAGUGCGGCGUCAAUGACAGCGGAUCGUGGGUUCAUUCCCUUGUAUACUUACGUGGCUCUCGGGGGCACCUUCGAUCACCUACACGCUGGCCACAAACUACUGCUUACCACGGCGCUGUUUUAUGCCACGACAUCCCUGCGCGUGGGGAUCACGUUGGAGGUGAUGCUGGCGAGGAAGCAGUACGGAUCAUACAUUGAGUCGUUCGAGGCCCGCCGCGAUGCGGUCACCGAGUUCCUUCAUAGCGUGCGAACGGACAUCGAGCUGAGGGUUGUGGGAAUCACGGAACCGAGUGGUGGAACGAACCGCGAUGCGGAGGUGGAGGCAUUGGUGGUUUCUCCCGAGACGGCGGGUGCCGUCGCGUCUAUCAAUACUGAGCGGGCUUCCCACGGGCUCAAGCCGCUAGACUGCAUUCAAAUACCUUGCGUCGGCACGGACGGCGAUGACCUUAUCAGCUCCACGAAGCUGCGCCGGCGGUUGUCGGAGGAUAAGAAGGAUGAUACGAAGUGA